UCAGGCAGUCGGUCGGUCGGAGGCGGGAUCAGAGCGGCACCGCCGCUGAUGAGCCGCUCAGAGGAAGAAGCUUCUGUCAAGCUCUCUCACCCUCCCUCCGCCACAAUGACAAAUAAACAGCUUUUCAGCUGAAGGACUUGCUUUUCCUCGCCGCAUAUUUUUGGUACGAGACAUCGGGAGCUACUGACGCGUCCGCUGUUACAACAGAUAUUCCCAGAAAUGGCUUUCAUGGAGAAACCGUCCGCCGGGAAGCUGCUGCUGGACGACACGGUCCCCCUGACGGCGGUGAUAGAAACCAGCCAGAGCCUCCAGUCCCACACGGAAUACAUCAUUCGUGUCCAGAGGGGAGUCUCAUCAGAAAACAGCUGGACAGUCAUCAGGAGAUACAGUGAUUUCGACAUGCUUAACAACAGCUUGUUGAUCUCUGGCCUCAACUUGCCCCUUCCUCCCAAGAAGUUAAUAGGGAACAUGGACAGAGAGUUCAUAGCGGAGCGGCAGAAAGGUCUUCAGGCCUAUCUCAACUUCCUCACCCAGCACCACAUCCUCUCCAGCUGCGAGCUGGUCAAAAAGUUCCUUGACACCAACAAUUAUUCUGCAAACUACACAGAAAUCGCCUUACAGCAAGUGUCCAUGUUCUUCAGAUCUGACCCAAAGUGGGAAGUGGUGGAACCAUUAAAAGACAUAGGCUGGAGAUUACGAAAGCGGUACUUCUUAGUCAAAAACAAAGAGCAGCCUAAGGAGCGACAAGUCUUAAGUUGGGUUGAUUUGGGUCCUGAUAAGUUUCUGUCAGAUAAAGAUCUUCAGUCCACAGUGAAGCUGCUUCCUUCUUUGGCUCAUCCAUACAUCUGUCCAGUCACUUUUGCUUUUACUAGUGAGUCCUCAGCUUUAGUGAUCAGAACCUUCAACGAGAAAGGCACGCUUAGGGAUCAUAUUUGCAAGGUCAAGCCAAAGGAGUCAUUCCUGAAGAAGUACUGUAACCCAAAAAAGAUCCAGGGUUUGGAACUCCAGCAAAUCAGGACUUACGGGAGACAGAUUUUGGAGGCCCUGAAGUUCCUUCAUGAUAAAGGAUUUCCAUAUGGGCAUCUCCAUGCGUCCAAUAUUCUAAUUGAAGACAAUACGUGCAAACUCCUGGACAUAGAGAACUCUCUACUGGGACUUCCCUCUUACUACCGACCAUACGUCACACAGUUUAGGAAAAUUAACACCACAGAGAGCAUUGACGUCUACUCCUUUGGACACUUGCUGUAUGAAAUGACGUACGGGAGGCCUCCAGAUGCUGUACCUGUGGACCAGUAUCCCUCUGCUCCCUACACCUCAGUCGUCUCGGUACUGCAGUCCAUCCUGUCCACUGAGGCUUGUAAAACAGGAAUGCCCACUGUUCCUCAACUCCUGCAAACACCACUGUUCAGUGAUGUGCUACUGUUCAACUCUGAAAAGCCCCAGUUCAAGAUAACCUCCAAAUUGAAGGAGGCCUUGAAAUCAUCCAAAGAGUGCUUGGAAAAGCGUCUCCAAGAAGAACAGAGAGCAAUUCACCAGCACAGGAGGCUGACCCGGGCACAGUCUCACCACGGCUCUGAGGAGGAGAAAAAGAGGAGGAAGAUCCUGGCUAGAAAGAAAUCCAGACAGUCUGCUUAUGAAAAUGAGGAAGAUUUUUCAGUGAAAUACAACAACAACUCUGGUUCAGGAGCAAGUUCUCCCCCUACUUGCCCUUCUUCUCCCACUCCUCCACCUGCACCAGGUGUUAAGCCAGCAACUCCUCCACCGCCACCUCCACCUCCUCCACCUUCAGGGAGUGUCCCAGGCCCCCCUCCCUUCAACCCGCCUUCCGUUAACGGCGAGGGCCGCAGCGCCCUCCUCAGCUCCAUCCAGACCUUCAGCAAAGGCAGGCUCAAGAAGUCAGAGACCAACGAUCGCAGCAAUCCACACAUCUGAGAGACGGCCUGUUUUUGUACGACUCUUCGUUCAACUUCUAUUGUGCAAUUCGUCCUUGGCUGACUCCUGUAAGGCAUCCAAGGUCUCUUCUUCAGUCGUGCAGAAGCUGGCAGUAUUGUUUAAAAUAGGACUGCAGUGGAAAGCUUGAAAGGUUGCUGUUUUUCAUUUCCCAAAUCAGCUGCAGAUUGGAGUGUGUGGGUAAUUGUGUGGAAUCAAUUUGGGGUCUACAGUGCUGCUAUACAGAAUCUAAUCCUGGAAACUGGACUCCAGCUGUCAGAUUUUAAGAAUUGGGCCAGCAUAUUUGUGUUAAUCAUAUGCAUAUUACUGACCCCCCACAAACCAGACACCCUACAACUGCAGCUACACGUUUUUUUUUUUUUCAAGCACAAGCAUCUUUUUAAAUGCUUUGGCCGGCUGACUUUAAGUUUGACAGUUUUACUUAAAUAUUGUGCAAAUGUCUUUUUAAGUCAUUCAUACUCUUUAGGGAGGGCUUUGUUUUAAAGAAAAAAAUGGAAAAAAAAAUAGCUUUUGGGUUUGUGCCACAUUUAACCAUUGUGCCUAUACGAGACAAGUGGUAUGAUUCUUGUUCCCAGAUUUAGGAGCUGUAUAUAGUUCAUUCUCCUGUCUGCAACAGUGUGAAUUUUUAUGCAAGGUUACAAUCAAGCCUAUAUAUAAAUAUAAUAUUAUUACAAAUUAUCCUGUCCCUGUACCCUCAUAUAAACCUUCUGAUGUGUUUUCAGGAUUACAUACCAACAUCUGAGUCAAAUACUUCCACCUUUGGUGACUUUGUAAAGGACUUGAAAUCAGUUGACGUAAGCUCCGCCCACAAACGCCUUCUUUCGUAUCUACUGUUUCGUGACUGAAGUUUUACAGAACACUGGUUUAAAAAAAAAACAUAAUAUUGGACCGCUAAAAUGUUUGUUUACAGUCACAACAUAAAAGGUGCGUUUCCAGAUUAAAAUGCUGCCAUUCAAAAAUGUAUAAAGUGAAUUGAGUAUGCUACUUAAUACAUUUCAAACAGUUACAGUCUUAUGCAGAAGUUUGAACAUCCCUAGUCAAAUGACGUUUUGUUGAUUUUCUAAGUGAAAGUAAGUUAACACAUCCUUGACAGAGAGCACACAUGGCAUUUU